AUGGCCAAUUCGAGCACGCCAAAUCCAAACGCCCCGGACAAUGGAUCUCGUGCUACGUACACGGAGAACUUGCCGCGACGUCUCAGAAGCUCCGGCCCCAUCGCGGGGUCGAGUUCUUCUACCACCGCUGGGUCGAGUUCUUCUACCACCGCUGGGUCGACUUCUUCUAUCGUGCCCCCUCAUGAUCCAGCAGUUCCUACGCCAGCGCCUCCAAGCGACCCCGCUUAUUUGCGAUGCGACAAAGCCAUUGAAGAUGGCACUCAAUGUACGUGGGAUUUUGGCACUCAGAUCCAAUUCGACAACCACGUCAAAAGCACAAGACACGCCAAGCUCGAGAUCUGUCCGAUUUGUCCCACUACCGGCCCACUACGGAAAAUGUUCUCGAAACUCAGCGUACAUGUGGCGGGGAGCCACCCAGGACAAUUCCCCAACCCAAAAAUCUUCAGAUGUCCGCAACCACAGUGCGCGUGCGGACCGUGGAAACAACUCUCGUUCCUCCUCAUCCACAUUGGCAAGGAGCAUCCAGACAUUUCACGCAUCCAAGCCAAGAAACAAGCUCGCGGAUACUGA